AUGGUUUCCCAAGCGCAGAUUGUUGAUCGCACUGCCCCGAACAAUAGUACCCCGUCUGCAGUGUCGCGCCCUUCUCUUUCAGGCCGACGACAUCGGUCGGGUCGUUCACAGCAUGGCGGCUCCGUACAUGCCUCGUCGAACGAUUUCCCUAUUUUCGCGUACACCGGCGACACGGAGAUUGCUAUUCGCGUCGGGUCGCAAGAACAGCGCUACCUCCUCCAUCGACUUAUAUUGGUGCAGUGCUCGGGGUUCUUCGAGGCGAGCACAAGCGAGGAAUGGUCUCAGAAUACAUCCCCCUCAAAACCCGACAUGUCUCGGGUGAGCGAGGAUGGUUCGCUCUCAAACGGAUCCACGUUAGCUCAAUCUGACAGUGGUAGACUCUCUGCGCAGAAAGGAGAAAGUCGGCACUGGAGAUAUGAACUCGACUGGACCAAUCUUGCAGCGGACGAAGAACCGAUUCUAGUGCAAAAGGUUGGUGGACUUGCACGUUGCACUAGCGCAACAAUGGCUAAUUCUCUUUCUGAACAGCAACCUUCAUAUGCGCCCAUCUUCAGUGGCGACCAAACAGCUUAUCCUCCCACAAUGACGAAACCAUCAAAUUCACAAGCCGUUUUCUUUAGGUCUAUGGCUAAUUUGACGGGAAUGCAAUCUGAAGCGCAAACCCCGAGUGAUCCACUGAUUCGCGAUUACGAUAACCUCUUUCGCAUUUUUUAUAAUUACCCACCGAUUUUAAACAGCGUCAACAUUGCUUCCGCUUAUACAGAAUGCAAGUCUCUUCUUGCAUUGGCAGAUAUGUACGACGCGCUGCCCGUUACAGGCCCUCGGGUAGACCACCACCUAUUAGGCUUCGGUUCGCGGCUAUUUAAGCAGAUAUCCAAGUAUCCACCCAGCUAUCUCAAGCUCGGAUAUUUAGCCCGGAGCCGAGUCAUCUUCUCAGAAGCCUUGAUCCAUGUCGUGGGUCAGUGGCCUGCCGCAUUACCAAAUUUGCGGAACGGCUCAUAUGCUCCGGUGCCCGAAGUCGUACGGGAUCUUAUUGAAGACAAAUUCGAAGACCUUGAAGAUCUCAAAAUGCGCGUCAUGUCCAAGCUCCUUCGCUUGUCUCUGACUACCUCGAGAGGCGAGCGUGUCGGCCCCAACAAUGCCUAUCUGGACUGGCUCGCUGUUUCGUUGUUUCGCCAAUGGCUAAUCGAGAGCACAACUGCUCCUCCUGCGCCAAUUCUCAAGAAUUCCAGUACUCCUGUGCCAUCAAACGGAGCGCGUAGUCAAGCAACCUCUUCAAGGCCACCAACAAUACCUGACCAGACUGCCCGCGUGUAUAGAUUGAUCGGAUCCACCUCUACACAGGCAUACCUACCCCAUGAUGAGCUCAAGCGCUUUCUAAAGCUACAUCCCACCCCCUCAUCUGAUGCUCCCUAUACACGCGAGACUAUGAAGCGAUUUGAACGGAAAAUGGAUGAAAUCAAGCGACUAGCCCAUCAAAUUGUGAAACCAGUAUUGCGUUCUGGAUUGCAGGAGAGCGAGAGCUCUGCUUUGGGGUUGCCUUAUUUGACCUGCACCCGCAUUGCAGAGGCUGAUCUACCGUGGAGCGGAUAG